AUGAACGACUGCUAUGUCGCGGCGGCGACGGGCUGUCUGAAAGGCCUUUCCCUGAUCGACCACACAUUCCUCAACCUGAACAGCGUCAAGGAUCUGCAGCCGAAACAGGACGAAAUCAGCAGAAUGGUCUUUGGCAGUCCCGAUCAGAACCAACUCCUCUACUCCACGGCUUCACGGCAAAUCCGCACGUUUGAUACUUCGACGUGCCGCAGGGAGGACCUUUACACCGUGCCGGGCACUGGGAAGAUCAAUGGGCUGUAUUUGACGCCGACCGACCAAAUCGUGACGGCCUGCGAGACGGGCUCGAUUCUGGUGGCCGAUCGCAAGGGAACGGAGCUGGCGACGAUGAAUGGCGGACCGGGGCUCCUCUGCAUGAACGGAUGCGGAGACCGGAUUGCGGCCGGCGGGAAAGACUGCCCAGUAAAAGUCUUCAACCUCGAGAAGCCCGAGAAGCCGACGUGGAUCUCGAAAAACGUGCCCCCAGACGAGCUGCAGUUGGCCAUCAAAAUCUGGGACAAGGAUGUACGGUUGAUGCCCAACACGGAGACGCUCAUCACCGGCACUGGAACUAAAACGCUCCGACUAUACGACAUGAGGGCCCAGCGGCGGCCGGUGAUGCAGCUGAAGUGGAUGGAGUCGCCGAUCAAUGCCAUCUCGUUGAGCAACCAGGACAAACAGAUCUACGCCGGCAACACGCACGGAGAGCUGGGUCUUUUUGACUGGAGAGGGACGAGAAUAAUGCUCGUCUGCAAAUACAAAGGCCAAGCUGGUGCCAUUCGCUCGAUCUACGGCCAUCCGACACUCCCCUACGUUGCCAGCUGCGGUAUCGAUCGAUUCACCCGGAUACACGAUUCCACGACCCGGAAGCUUGUCAGCAAGGUCUACUGCAAAACUCGGCUGAACGCUGUGCUGAUGCGCGACGAGCUGUCGAUUCGCAAGACGGCCAAGAAGGAGCAGGAGGAGAUUGAGGAGGAAUGGGCGCAGAUUAAUCAAAAGGAGCCAAAAACUGAGGCCGAUUCUGACGGCGAUGAAAGUGACGCCAGCGAGGCGUGGGGUGCCAUUGAUGAGGAAUCGGAAUCCGGUGGUGAAGAUGAAGAAAGUGACGACGAGGAGGAGGGUGACGAUUCAGAAGACGAGGGCGAUGAGGAGGCGGCAGAUGAAGAAGAAGAAAGUGAUGAGGAAGAAGCCUCCCCGCCCCUCAAAAAGAAGCGAGUAUCUGCUAGAGGAGACGCCGGAAAAGCGAAGCCGGCCCCCACAAAGCGCGCUGAGGUGAAAGAAGAGGUCGGCAGUGACGACGACGAUGAUGAGGAUGAUGACGUGCAAGUGAUCAGCCCGAUAAAAGCCGGCGGAAAAGCCAAGGGAAAGAGAAGAAAA